AUGGAUCCAGCUUCACUUGACCCACGUCUUCGUGAUGCUGGUGAGGACUCAAUUGUCGUCAACGGUCCAACGAAUACGCUAUCAUCUCAAAUCGCCGUCGCAGGAAUCCCCGCUUCAACAUCAACAUCGACAUCAUCGUCAUUAUCAUCAGGACCUGCACCAGUUCAAGUAUCAACACAACCAGAACUUCCCGAUUCACCACUUCAACAGCAGCUUCAAGCUCAGACAGCUGGUCCAUCGCCGCCAGGUUCUACGACCGGCUUCACCCCUCAAACCCCGAACGGCCAUUCGCAUUCGGCCAAUAGUGAUACCCCUAAUGCGGCGCAUGAUCCGAACGAUCCUAAGCGGCCGCGAGCCUGUGAAGCUUGUCGUGGGUUAAAAGUGAAAUGUGAACCCGAUCCCGCAAACCCGGACGGACCAUGCAAGCGAUGCGCAAAGGCAGGGAGGAACUGCAUCGUGACGCAGCCUACACGUAAGAGGCAGAAAAAGACGGAUAGUCGUGUUGCAGAACUGGAGAAGAAAAUAGAUGCUUUGACUGCAAGCCUCCAGGCGAGUAGAGGAGCACCUAACAAUGCCGUUCACCCGCCCCCAUCGGAGGACCAUACCUUCGGAUACAAUCAUACCGCACCCGCAAGAGAUUGGGGUGCUCCGCCUCGAGAUACUCAAACUCAACAUCAACAUCAACAUCAACAUCAACAUCAACACCAACACCAACACCAACCUCAAUCACAAUCUCAUCCUGUUGCCUCGCCCGAGAAGCGUCCAUUAGCACCACCGACAACUAUGGCAGGUCAGAAACGAAAGUUCACCGACUCGAUAUCCGGUUCCCCUGGUGUGGCCAGCGCUUCGCCAGCAGCACCUAAGUCUGGCGUUGGGUCAGAGCAGCAGCCGCCAGAUAUAAUCGAUCGUGGGUUAAUAACUAUGAGCGAAGCUACCGCCCUUUUCACCCGAUAUAUGGAAGAUAUGGUACCUCAUCUACCGGCAGUCGUAUUUCCCGAAGGCACGACUGCUACCGAAAUUCGUAAGACGAAGCCGAUCCUAUUUCUCGCUAUUAUCGCGGCUGCCUCAUCCGAAACGCCGAAGCUUCAACGUCAGCUAGUUAAGGAGAUCAUGCAGAUAUUCGCCGAUCAUAUCAUUAUCACAGGCAAAAAAUCCUUAGAAUUGGUUCAGUCGAUCCUCGUCAGCGUCAUCUGGUAUUAUCCACCUGAGCAUUUCGAAGAGUUGAAGUUCUAUCAGUUUGUACAUUUGGCGGCUGUCAUGUCAAUCGAUAUUGGCUUGGGUCGGAGGAAGUAUAAUCCAAAGUCGCGACUCGUACCGUAUACCUGGCGUGACCAUCCUUUCAGGAAACAACCCCUUCCGGACCCUACCUCGAUCGAAGCACGACGGACGUGGCUUGCAGUUUACUUCCUUUCUUCGAACGUAUCCAUGGCUUUGCACCGUCCGAACCUGAUUAGAUGGCAGUCAUUUAUGACCGAAUGUAUGGAUAUCCUAGAAUCUUCUCCAGAUGCGGCACCCACGGAUAGGUACCUCUGCCAUCUUGUCUGGACGCACCGACUCGCCGAGGACGUAGGGAUCCAGUUCUCAAUGGACGAUCCCAGUGUUUUCGUUAAUGUCUCAGAGCAAAAAGUACAGUAUGCUCUUCGCGGAUUUGAACGUGACCUCUCCAAGUAUAGCGAAUCUAUCCCCAAAUCAGAAAAGAGACCAUCCCUUGUACUUGGCUUCCAUGUACUGAAUUUGUACAUGCACGAAAUCGCAUUGCACGUUGAUAAGAGUGUAGAGGAAUAUCGACCUCCGUGUAAUGCUGACUCUCUUCGGGAACCAAUUCCAGGUUUAGACGACUCUCUAACCCCGUCGCAUAUCAGCGCUCUAUCGUCAUGUCUUACCGCCAUUGAUGGCAUCUUCGAGACCUUCCUGUCUAUGGACGUCCAUAGUAUCCGUUGUAUCCCGAUCUUUAGUUUCGUUCGGGUUGCUUAUGCCGUGGUCGUGUUGAUAAAAAUGUAUUUCAGCGCUAGCAACUCGGAUUCCGAAUUAGGCAAAGUCAUUAACAAGGACAAUAUGAAGGUUGCUGAGUAUCUCGAGAAACUGCUGGAGAAAUUUCGAGAGGUUGCCGCAUCGGAUAAGUCGCGGCCUGCUAGCAAAUUCCUACUUGUUUUGGCCAUGUUGCGUAAUUGGUUUUAUAGGCAAGGCCAGGCCCAAGGCAAGCCAGGCCAAAGCGAUGAAGAGUCUGAGCUUGUGGCGGCUCAUCACGCUAAGAGGUCGGUAUCUCCAAGGGACGAUAAUAGUGACGACUCAAAUCCCGAACCAACGAACACCCCACUCCAACUACUUUCAGAAAUAGCAACCGGGAACGGCCCACCACGUAACAGCGGCUCAAAUCCGCCUCCGCCCGGUGUGGAUAGUAACAACACACAGGCGUUUCAAGCGUGGCUGCGCGCGACACCGCAGCCCCACCAGCCCUUUAUGUAUGACCCGACGGGUGGUCCGACACCAAGGGGGAAUUUACAAAUGGGACCGGGACCUGAGCAAUCGUUAAUGCCGUGGAUGGCCUCGCCAUUCGGACUUAAUGAUUUUGACUACGGUAGUCUCGGAGACGGGUUUGAGCAGGCUCUCGGGCUCACCCUAACGGGAUUUGGCGGUGGCAGCCCCGGCGACCCGGUCUCGUACGAGGACACUAUGCGCUACAUGAUGCAGAACGACAUGCUCGGGCCCCUUCCAGUAUCCGAGGGCUUUGCCACAGCCCCCCCACCCCAAAACGGUCCUAAUGGGAAUUUCUUCCAGUUCUAA